AUGGAGCAUCGUCGGGCCGUUGGAAAAUCGGCGGUGCUGCAACAGAGCAUCUUCGGCCAUCGGAGCAUUGCCGGUGCUGCGGUGGAGCAUCGCCGAGCCGCCGAAGGAUCGCUUUGCUGGUGCUGCGAUGGAGCAUUGUCGAGCCGUCGGAGGAUCAUCGGAGCAUCGACGAGCCGCCGGAGGAUCGUCAGAGCAUUGUCGGUGCUGCGAUGGAGCAUCGCCGAGCUGCCGGAGGAUCGUCGGAGCAUUGCCGAAACGCUGGAGGAUCGUCGGUGCUACAGUGGAGCAUCGCCUGGCCGUCGGAGCAUCGCGGAAGCAUCGCUGGCGCUGCAAUGA